CUGAAUUGAGAUUGUGAAAGACCUCUUUGCAAGAAGAGAAACACUCCCGUUGCUCCAGGCGGCAAUAACUACUCAAAUUCUUCCAUAUCUGACCACCACACACCCAGCUCUUUCUUCCUACUCCAGUCUGGUUUCUGCCGCAAGUCGACUGUUUCUAUACCUCCGUCAUAGCUCUCAAUCGAAAGAGCUUCAUCACUCAUUCUUGACCUGUUCCAACACAACCAAGUGGCAUUAGCUUGCUCACUUUGAUCCUACUUUCACUUCCUCGCACCAGAUCCAUCGACACUUAGUAACAUCUGCAAUCAUGUAUUCCGGCGGUGCGACCGGCACUCACACUCCUCGAUCCUCCCAGAACCUGCGUCCUCUCACCCUAGCCCAUGGCUCCCUCGAAUACUCUUUCUUAAUACCCACCGCCCUCCACUUCCAAGCUUCGCAGCUGCAGGAAACCUUCAAAGCCUCUCUACCAGAACCCACAGACGAAUUGGCUCAGGAUGACGAACCCUCCUCAAGUGCCGAACUUGUCGCCCGUUUCAUUGGCUUCAUUGCCGCUGAAGUCGAUGAAGACGAAGAAGCAACUGGAUUUGCCGAGGUGUUGAAAGUGGUUCUGAACGAGUUUGAAAGAUCUUUUAUGCAUGCCAAUGACGUCCACGCGUUGGCAGCGACAUUACCCGGAAUCACAGCGAAGAAACUGGUGCUGGUUCAAUGCUACUACGCUGGCCGCGCCGCAGUUGCGAGACCCAUCAAGCCACAUGACUCCGCUCUGCUGAGAGCCGCUGACGACGAGGAAGCGAGCAUUUUCACGGUUUUUGGCGGACAAGGCAAUAUUGAAGAAUAUUUCGACGAGCUCAGAGAAGUCUAUACCACAUACCCUUCGUUCACAAAAGACUUGGUCGAGUCUUCUGCAGAACUGCUGCAAGAUCUGGCGAGGAAACCUAAGGCGGACAAGUUCUACUCCAAAGGCCUCGAUAUCAUGCGAUGGCUAGCAGAUCGAGAGGCUCAACCAGACACCGACUACCUGGUCUCUGCACCCGUCAGCCUGCCACUGAUCGGUCUUGUUCAGCUCGCCCAUUAUCAGGUCACUUGCAAAGCCCUUGGCAAGACUCCUGCUGAGGUUAACGAGCGACUCAACGGUACAACUGGUCACUCACAAGGUGUCGUGACUGCCGCCGCUAUCGCUACUGCGACAUCCUGGGAGAGCUUUGCAAGAGCCGCUAAAGACGCUAUUACCAUGCUUUUCUGGAUCGGUAUGAGAAGCCAGCAGGCUUACCCGCGAACAAGCCUUGCACCUUCAAUCCUGCAAGACUCGCUUGAAGCAGGGGAAGGGAUUCCCACUCCCAUGUUGUCAGUCAGAGACCUUUCCAAGAAGCAGCUGCAGGAACACAUUGACGCGACAAAUGAGCAUUUGCCUCAAGACCGACAUAUUGGCAUCUCUCUGAUCAACAGCGCUAGAAACUUUGUGGUCACAGGCGCCCCAAUCUCACUCCACGGUCUGAAUCUGCGUCUGCGAAAAGUCAAGGCUCCAACUGGCUUGGAUCAGAACCGGAUUCCUUACACCGAGCGGAAAGUGCGCUUUGUGAAUCGAUUCCUGCCAAUCACGGCGCCAUUCCACAGCCCUCUGCUCAGUGAAGCAUUCAAGAACAUCCUCGAAGAUCUCAGCGAUGUCCGCAUCCCCGCUUCUCGCCUCAGUAUUCCUGUUUAUGAUACCAAUACCGGCGAAGACCUUCGCGCUCAGCAGGACAAGGACAUUGUGCCGGCGCUCGUCCGCAUGAUUACUCAGGACCCUGUCCACUGGGAGCAAGCCACGGUCUUUGAAGGCGCUACCCAUAUCAUCGACUUUGGUCCUGGAGGCAUCUCUGGCCUUGGUGUCCUCACCAACCGCAAUAAGGAUGGCACUGGCGUUCGCGUCAUUUUGGCUGGCGCAAUGGAUGGUGCCAAUGCCGAAGUCGGAUACAAGCCAGAGUUAUUUGACCGCGACGAGGAGCAUGCAGUCAAGUAUGCAACCAACUGGGUCAGGGAACAUGGACCCAAACUCGUCAAGACCUCCGUAGGGCAGACCUACGUCGACACCAAGAUGUCACGCCUGCUCGGUGUUCCACCUUUGAUGGUUGCUGGUAUGACUCCUUGUACAGUGCCCUGGGAUUUCGUUGCUGCAACUAUGAAUGCUGGUUACCACAUCGAGCUGGCAGGUGGUGGCUACUACAAUGCGAAGAGUAUGACCGAGGCCUUGACCAAGAUCGAAAAGAAUAUCCCUCCUGGACGUGGUAUUACAGUCAAUCUGAUCUACGUCAAUCCUCGCGCCAUGGGCUGGCAGAUCCCUCUGCUCGCACAGCUCCGCGCAGAUGGUGUCCCUAUAGAGGGUCUGACCAUCGGCGCAGGCGUUCCCUCCAUCGAAGUGGCUCAAGAAUACAUUGACACUCUCGGCAUCAAGCAUAUUGCUUUCAAGCCUGGAUCCAUGGACGCAAUUCAGUCCGUCAUCAACAUCGCCAAGGCUAACCCAACUUUCCCCGUCCUUCUUCAAUGGACUGGCGGCCGUGGCGGUGGUCACCACUCGUUUGAAGACUUCCAUCAACCUAUCCUUCAGAUGUAUGGGCGGAUUCGGAAAUGCCAGAACAUUAUCUUGGUGGCAGGUAGCGGUUUCGGCGGCUCUGAGGAUACUUAUCCUUACUUGACUGGCUCGUGGGCACGCAAAUUCGGCUAUCCUCCAAUGCCCUUCGAUGGUGUCCUGUUUGGCAGUCGUAUGAUGACGGCAAAAGAAGCCCACACUUCCACAAAUGCUAAAAGGGCCAUCGCAGAGGCUGAAGGUGUUGACGAUAGCCAAUGGGAGAAGACCUACAAAGGACCUGCUGGAGGCGUCAUUACUGUUCGAUCCGAGAUGGGUGAACCCAUUCAUAAAUUGGCUACUCGGGGUGUCAAGUUCUGGGCUGAGAUGGAUCAGAAGAUAUUCAGUCUGGACAAGAAGAAGCGAGUUGCGGAGCUUAAGAAGCAGCGCGAGUACAUCAUUAAGAAACUCAACGACGACUUCCAAAAAGUGUGGUUCGGAAAGAACUCUGCUGGUGACACUGUUGACCUCGAGGACAUGACAUAUGGUGAAGUUGUCCGCCGCAUGGUUGAGCUCAUGUAUGUCAAGCAUCAGUCUCGAUGGAUUGAGGUUUCGCUGCGAAAUCUGACUGUUGACUUCAUCCGACGAGUCGAAGAGCGCUUCACUGUCGGCUCUGGAAAACCGUCUCUCAUUCAAAGCUAUGCGGAUUUCGAGAACCCAUAUCCAGUUGUUGAGAAAGUCUUGGCCGCCUAUCCAGAGGCUGAGUCUCAGUUGAUCAACGCACAAGACGUGCAACAUUUCUUGCUCCUCUGCCAACGCCGAGGUCAGAAGCCAGUUCCAUUUGUUCCUUCCUUGGACGACAAUUUUGAGUUCUGGUUCAAGAAGGAUUCCUUGUGGCAGUCUGAAGAUUUGGACGCCGUGGUCGAUCAAGAUGUUGGCAGAACUUGCAUUCUCCAAGGUCCCAUGGCCGCCAAAUACUCGACCAAGAUUGACGAACCUGUCAAGGACAUCUUGGAUGGCAUCCACAACGAUCAUAUCAAGGGACUUAUUGAAGACGUGUACAGCGGUCGUGAAUCUGCUGUGCCUGUCGUCGAAUAUUUCGGUGGCAAGAUAAUCAGCUCCCCAGACAGCGUGGUAGAGCUCGACGGAGUUACAGUCAUCCCUGACGGUUCACGAACCACAUACAGACUCUCAACUUCUCCCUCGGCGGCUCUUCCAAAGCCUGAUGAGUGGUUGCAGCUGUUGGCCGGAAAGACUUAUUCAUGGCGUCAUGCCCUCUUCACCACCGAUAUUAUCGUUCAAGGAGCUCGUUAUCAAAACAACCCACUGAAGCGCAUCUUGGCUCCUGUCCGAGGCAUGUCCGUGGAGAUUGCCCAUCCCAAAGACCCUUCCAAGACCACGAUCGUUGUCCGGGAGCCAGGCCAAACAGGCAAGAUGGUCAAGACCCUCGACAUCAGCUUGGUGGGCAAGAAUGAAAUCUUGAUGAACAUGUGGGAAGAGAGGACUGCCGAGAAUGAAGCGGUCGCCUUGCCUUUGAGAUUCAUCUACCAUCCCGAAACGGGUUACGCACCAAUUCACGAAGUCAUGGAAGGCCGCAACGACCGCAUCAAGGAAUUUUACUACCGGAUCUGGUUCGCCGAAAAGGAUGUUCCUUUCGACACUCCCACCACCAACACCUUUGAUGGUGGCAAGGCCACUGUCGUCACUCAAGCUAUUGCCGACUUUGUGCAUGCAGUCGGUAACACUGGUGAGGCAUUCGUGGAUCGCCCAGGCAAAGAGGUCUUUGCACCGAUGGAUUUUGCCAUUGUUGUUGGGUGGAAAGCCAUUACGAAACCUAUCUUCCCGCGGUCCAUCGACGGUGACUUGUUGAAACUCGUGCACCUGUCGAAUGGUUUCCGUAUGCUUCCUGGUGCCGAGCCCCUGAAAGUUGGUGACGAGCUGCACACUUCUGCCAGAAUCAACGCAGUCAUCAAUCAGGAUUCCGGUAAAAUGGUCGAGAUUUGCGGAACGAUCACUCGCCAAGGCCAGCCCGUUAUGGAAGUAACCAGUCAAUUUUUGUACAGAGGCAACUAUACUGACUUUGAGAACACCUUCCAACGCAAAGAAGAGACACCAAUGCAGGUCACUCUUGCCACCUCCAAGGACGUGGCAGUCCUUCGCUCCAAAGAGUGGUUCCACCUUGAUGAGCCAGAUAUCGAUCUGCUUGGACAGACCGUGACGUUCCGGCUGUCCAGCUUGGUUCGAUUCAAGAACAAGACCGCGUUCCAGAACGUGGAGACGGUGGGCCAGGUCCUCCUUGAGCUACCCACCAAAGAGGUGAUUCAAGUUGCCUCUGUCGAGUACAAUGCAGGUGUGUCUCAUGGCAACCCAGUGAUUGACUACCUCCAACGACACGGGUCAUCGAUCGAGCAACCCAUCAACUUUGAGAACGCCAUUCCUCUGAGCGGCAAGACACCUCUGUCCUUGAGGGCCCCGGCAUCGAAUGAGACUUAUGCUCGCGUCUCUGGGGACUACAACCCCAUCCACGUGUCUCGCAUCUUCGCUAGCUACGCCAAUCUGCCUGGCACAAUUACGCACGGUAUGUACUCCAGUGCCGCUGUGCGAAGCUUGGUCGAGACAUGGGCUGCCGAGAACAACAUUGGCCGUGUCCGAAGCUACCACGUCUCUCUGGUCGGCAUGGUGCUGCCGAAUGAUGACUUGGAGGUCAAGCUCGAGCACGUGGGUAUGGUUGCCGGUCGCAAGAUCAUCAAGAUUGAGACCAGUAACAAAGAGACUGGUGACAAGGUUCUGCUUGCCGAAGCUGAAGUCGAGCAGCCGGUGUCAUCCUACGUCUUUACUGGCCAAGGUUCACAAGAACAAGGCAUGGGUAUGGAUCUGUAUGCUAAGAGUCCCGUGGCCAAGGAAGUCUGGGAUCGAGCAGACCGUCAUUUCAUGGACAACUAUGGUCUCUCCAUCAUCAACAUUGUCAAGAACAACCCCAAGGAACUCACCAUUCACUUCGGUGGGCCUCGUGGCAAGGCCAUCCGUCAGAAUUACAUGGCCAUGACCUUCGAGUCUAUCAACGCAGACGGAUCUAUCAAGUCGGAGAAGAUCUUCAAGGAGAUCAACGAGAACACCACCUCGUAUACGUACCGGUCACCUACUGGCCUGCUGUCUGCGACACAGUUCACCCAGCCGGCGUUGACUCUCAUGGAAAAGGCGGCUUUUGAAGACAUGCGAACGAAAGGUCUUGUUCAACGUGACAGCAGCUUUGCUGGUCACUCUCUUGGUGAAUACUCUGCUCUGGCCUCUAUUGCUGAAGUCAUGCCAAUUGAGAGCUUGGUGUCGGUCGUGUUCUACCGUGGCUUGACCAUGCAGGUCGCGGUCGAACGUGACGAGCAGGGUAGAAGCAAUUACUCCAUGUGCGCCGUCAAUCCCAGUCGCAUUUCCAAGACCUUCAACGAGCAAGCUCUGCAGUACGUGGUGGAAAAUAUCGCCGAGACCACUGGCUGGCUGGUGGAGAUUGUCAACUACAACGUCGCCAACAUGCAGUACGUGUGCGCUGGAGAUCUGCGUGCAUUGGACUGCAUGACGAACGUUCUCAACGUGCUCAAGAUGCAGAAGAUCGACAUUCAAGCCUUGAUGCAAACAAUGUCGCUUGACGAUGUCAAAGCCCACUUGGUCGAAAUCAUCGGGGAGUGCCGGAAGAAGACCGAGGCCAAGCCUCAACCGAUCGAACUUGAACGAGGCUUUGCGGUGAUUCCUCUCAAGGGCAUCGAUGUGCCAUUCCACAGCACCUUCUUGCGAUCUGGUGUUAAGCCGUUCCGGUCAUUCUUGCUGAAGAAGAUCAACAAGACCAGCAUCGACCCUGCCAAGUUGAUUGGCAAGUACAUUCCCAAUGUUACUGCCAGACCAUUUGAGAUCACCAAGGAGUAUUUCGAGGAAGUGCAUCGUCUGACCAACUCACCACGAUUGGCAAAGAUCUUGGAGGACUGGGACAAGUAUGAAACUGCCGGCGAUGCAGGGGCUCGCCGCCUCUCGUCCGUGGCAUAAUUGCUGUCUGUUUUGAAUGGAGCGUCAUUUCUUGUUCUGAGUGUUGUUGCACAUUGGGAAAGCGAUAAGAUGGGCACAAGGGUGUUCUCGGGGCAUUCGAGGGAACACACAUACCAGUACGGAGUAGGGUUCAAGUAGAUGUCCUUUUCUUUUCUUUUUUUCUUUUUUUAUGUACAGAUAGUGGCGAGGACUAGUUACAUUAAGUCCCACAUGUCGAGAUAAUGAAUGGCGGCAUUUCAUCACCUCGACCCAAGUCAUCAGGUUCUCGCGUUACUCUGUACUAUGGUAGGCAAUGAAACUGGCUCGCUG